UUUGUGGCUAUUUGAUAAACUUUUGAGAUCAUAUAAUGUCAAGUUUGCUAAAAGAUUGCAUUAAAUACUUUCACACGAAGAACUUAUAUGAAGUCUUCGGAGUGACUAAGAAGUGUGACAAAACUGAACUUCGUAAAGCUUUCUAUAAAUUGUCUUUACUUCAUCAUCCUGAUCGCCAUGAUAGUGACUCAAAGUCAGAGGCGACAAAACGUUUCCAAGUACUGUCUAGAGUCUAUUCGUACAUGGAAGAUGACGAGAAACGUAAAGUCUAUGAUGAGACAGGUGUUAUCGAUGAAGACGAUGAGAUUACAGGCAAAUCAUAUGAUGAUUGGGUUAAAUACUGGCAACUUUUGUUUCCUAAAAUCACAACUGCACAAAUAGAUGACUAUUGUAAAAAGUAUAAAGGAAGUGAACAGGAAACGGAAGAUUUGAUCAAGAUCUACAAUCGUUCUAAAGGUGAUAUGGAUAUUAUAAUGGAGUCUUUAAUGCUCACGUCAUAUCGGGAUGAAAGUCGAGUUCGCGGUCUUAUUGAUAAAUUGAUAUCUAGUGGUAAAAUUGAUGCAUAUACGAAGUACACACAUGAAAGACCUGAGAAAGCAAAGAGAAGAGCUAAACGAGCACUAGAGGAAGAAAAGUUGUUUGCAAAGGAACAGAACAAUAAAAACAAAAGACAGAUAGUUGAUGUUAACGAAGAUUUGGAUACAUUAGCUAAGGCAAUUCAAGCACGACAUGAAAAUGCAUUAAAAUCAUCAGAAAACUUUCUGGAUAAGAUUGCACAGAAAUAUAGUUCAAAGCAACAGUCGCCAGCUAGGAAAAAGCCUACUAAGGUUUCAAAAACUUCGAAGAAAAAAAAAUAAUUACCAGCUUGAUCUAAGAAAAAUGUAUUUUUUUAUUUGAAAUAUUGAAAAAUAACAGAUACAUAGAAAAUACAAUUUCACGACUGUUUCUGACUUUCUACUUUCUGUGGAAUGAGACAAAAAACAAAACGGGUGACAAAAGGUCAUAGUAUUUUAGUGCAUAAUAAGGCAUCACAUUUUCGUUGGGAAA